AGGGAGAAAAGAUGACUGCAGAAGAUAAUGGAAGGGAGUGUGUGUGAAAGAGAUGAGAGAUGGAUUUUGAGAUUAAUGUUCUUGGCACUGCCCUUUUAAAUCUGUUUUGCAUGUAGUUAAGGAAAUUAGCUUAUUGCUUCAGAUAAGAUUGGCUUCCAAAAUAGAGUAAUAAUAGGCUUCUAUUGCCUCUUAAGGAGAGAUUUUGAUUGCUGAACUGGAAAAAGUGCCUGGGUUAAAAGAAAUAGCUCUGUCUGUGAGCAGCUGUCCUGGGGAAGCACCAGUCAGUCAGUCAAAAUGCUGCCCAGGCCCCCCCCCCCCGAGUUUCAUCGCUGAUAGCCUAGACAGGUGCAGAAGUUGCAUCUUCUCUGCCAAGUGCAGUUGGCCUCUGUUUUUAAUUCACCAACAGACAGCUCUUGUUUUAUUGUCCAGGUGUUACCUUCAGUGUGAUUCUGCAGCUUCAGGCUUACAUAAGUUCCUAAAUAAAUAAACAAAAUGUAUCUAAUACAAAGUACAGUUUUCAAAAAUAACAAACUGAAUUAAUUGUUCUAGGACACUGAUUUUUAAACUGACCAGAAACACAUGCUGACUUACACUGUACCAGGACAUAUGUUUUCCAGACAGAUUCUCUGUUGACUUCCCAUUGGUUUUGCCCUACUCUAGAGCAUAUCAAAAUUGUAGCAUUUGUUUCGAAGCUUGACAACACUAGAUCUUUUUAUGAAUAGCUCCCUAAAAUGUCCCUGGGGAACUGGGAGGCUUCACUUCUGUUCCUGAAUCUGUCACAGUGUAUCUCUUACUUCCCUGUCUCUGAUAGUAAGAAGCUGUAUUUCUGAAUUGCUUCACAGACCUUCAUUAAAAAAAAACAACAAAAAAAACAACAAAAAAACAUAAAACCCCAGUUUUAGAUGCAGGUAUAAGUGUAUCAAUUAGAUGUAGUGGAGCGUGAAUGGCCAAGAGAAGUUGCCAGAGAAACUGAAAUAAUGCAAAAAGGACAAUUUCACAAGAGAUCCUUUUGCUGCCCACCAUGAAUAUAUGCGGCAGAUGAUGAGAAGCUUUUCUGAUCCUUUUGGACGAGAUCCAUUUCUCAGUAUAACAGAUGGUGGGGAGAGAACAGUAGAUCGAAGAGCACACCAGGACUCUCGGGUUGCUCUAAGAGGAAAUCGCAGAGCAACAAGCUGUGGCAUCAUGCCCUUUGCAGGCUUUGGUAGAGUGGAUGCAGAUUUUGGGGACCCAUUUUUUGCAAUGGACAGGAUGGUGUCAAAUAUGAGAAACAGUAUGCUGGAAAUGCAAAGAAAAUUUGAUGACCUGUCCAUCCAUCCAGACGCGCACACGUUUAGCUCCUCCUCUGUGAUGACAUACUCCAAAAUAGGAGAUGAACCACCAAAAGUUUUCCAGGCUUCAUCUCAGACACGCACAGCUCCAGGAGGUGUUAAGGAGACAAGAAAGGCACUUAAGGAUUCUGAAAGUGGGCUGGAAAAAAUGGCUAUUGGUCAUCACAUUAAUGAUCGUGCUCAUGUCAUUAAAAAAUCAAAGAACAGCAAGACUGGUGAUGAAGAAAUGAACCAAGAAUUCAUCAACUUGGAUGAAAAUGAGGCCCAGACCUUUGAUGAAGAGUGGCAGAAUGAGAUUAUGAAGUUCAAGCCAUCUAGAACUAGAUGCACUUUAGAAGCUCCAAAAUACAGAAGUACUCAUCACAUACCUAAGGGAGAUGGAUUAAGGAGAGAGAAACCACUGGCAAUUGCAGGAUUCAGGGAGCCCCGAGGUUCUUUGGAGAAUCUCAGUGUGAAAGGAACACAUGUCCCCAUCAGAAGCAGCAAAAAAUAAAUUGCUUCCAUUCUCCAUUUGAAUGGAGUUUCUUCAGAGAAGAUAAUGGUGCUGCAUUGCUUAUGUUUGUAUAAGUAUACACAUAUAUAUGACCAAUCUCUGUUUUUUGUUUUAGUAAGUAUUAGCGUGCCUUACUACUCUGAUCUUUUGACAAUUGAAUGUUCUUUAAAACUUCAGAUCCUUGGUAAAACCAUCCAGUUUCAGUAAAUUAAAAACAUAACAAUUUUCCACUUAAAAGCACUUUAAUGGGUUAUCACUAAUUCUGUUUUAAAAAGAAAAUUAAAAAUGCUUUGAUUUACAAAAUUUUUCUGCUACAUCUGUAACAAUCUCAGGCUUUUUAUUAAGCCUGCAACUAUUAAGUAAUGCAAGUAUUUUUCCCCCACACUCUUAACUUACACAGAAAUUCUUUUUAUUUUGUGUGGCUGAAAUAAUUACUGAUUUUUCUAGGUGAUAUAGCAAUUAAUAGCAAUUUGAAUGCACUGUAGCCACUAUAUCUACCUAUCUACAUAUCUAUCUUUAAAAUCAUACUGUAAUCUUUUAUAGAAUCCCCAGAUUUACCCUGCUUUAGCAUGACGUGUAAUAGUAAAUUAACAAAUACUUAAAUUUUAUCAGUUUUAGUUUUAUCAGCAUUUUUAUGUUUAUAAGCUGUGCUUGCAUCUCUUCUGUGCCUAGAUUGUUGGUUUUGUAUUUCUGAUUCUUUGUAUAUUUCCUUUGGAGGUGGCCCAUUAUUUUUAAUUCUUGAAGAGUCUCUGUAGUAGCUUUUAAUUAUCCUGUAAUAAUACUGCUGUGGCCUAAAACACAGCUGUAACUACUAGUUACUGACCAGAAAAAUAAAUAUGAGAAACUGGUUGAGCUGGCAGUAAGUUUAACUGGAUAAUGAACGAUUACACUAUUUCUUCUCUCCUGAAAAGCUAAAAGAGCCCUGAAUACUGGAAACCAUUUCCCCUCAGCUGAGAUGAAACAUGUUUGUAUUCUUGUGUGUCCUGCUUUAGCAAAUGUAGGAUGAUCUUAAAUCUAACACUUCAUCUAAUGCUGGUCUUGUUUGGUUAAGGUGUCUAAUGUUCCAGAGAAAAGCCAACUGUGUGACUGAGGACAGGUCUCUGUAUCACAAAUGUUCGGUUUGUAUGCUGUUCUAUCACACAGAAUUGAUCCCCAUACUGUAUCACAAAUAAUUUCUGUAGGCUAUAACAUUAUAGCAUCAGCAUAUAUUUCAAGGCUAAAACAUUAUAGCCUUAAAAAGGCACUAUUUGUAUGAUAAAAGAAAAUAGGUUUUAUAAGUUAAUCUUUGUUUGGCCAAAAAGCAAAUGGCCUCUAAAUCAUAUUUAAUCUUUCUUCAGAUUCCGUGGAUUACUUAAUUCUAUGCUUAUUAAUGUGCAGAUAAUCAAAAAUACUUCUAUUGAAAUCUGCCAAGGGCAAGACAGUUGUUUAUUUGCUUGUUUAAUGCAAUAGUCUCUUCCUAUUAUUAAACACUAGUGACAAUAAAUCUAUGCUGUUGAACCACUCCACAUGCGGGCAAGGUAAGAGGGUGGUAAGGAGGUAGUAGCAACUCCUGAUGGAAGGACGAGCUGGAACUGUGUGUAACAAAGUCGCACCUGCCAGAACUCCGAAUCUUUUACUCUGCUUCAAAAGUAAGAGUACACCUCUGUGGCCUGAUCUUCUGUACACUGAAGACAACAUUGAUUUUGCAAUUAAUGUCAUUGAGAAUAUAAGGCCAUGGAGGCAUUUUUCCAGGUGUGUCACUUAAACUUCCAAGUCAAAAAAAGUCAAAACCUUGUUACUGUUGUAACUUAAGAAGAAAUCUUCGGUUUGGGAGCUGCUACUAUUUAACAGAAAAAAAAGGAGUAUUCAUCUUGCAAGUUACUUGUUUUUUCUGUGCUUUACUGAGAUUAAAAAAAAACAACCCCAUGCCACGUAUAUAUAAUCAACAAAACAAGUAUGUACUUCAGUUUGAAAAUUAUAGUGGAAGGAGGCUGAUAUUCAUUACAGGUUACUUUGUUAUACAAGCCAGUCUUUUAAAAUGUAAUGCAAAAGCAGCUGUUCUAUAUAGAAACAUUGGAAACUGUAAUUCUUUAAUAAAAUUAUUUAUUUAUGGUUA